GCUAAUCUAGAAAUCCAGUUACAGUCCAAGAGUAAAGAUAUAACUGAAAGUAAUAAUAGAUUACAUAAACUUCAAAGUGACUUGGAUAAAGCUGAAAUGAUGGUGGAUGAAAAAGAGAAGCAGAGUAAUCACUUUAAAGAAGAAGUCAGUCGAGUUAGAAUUCAACUCGAUCAGGUUAACAAUAAGGUGUUAGAUCUUGAAAACAAGAGUAAAAAAUUACAACAAGACUAUAAUCAGAGCGAAGGAGAUCAGAAUAAAAUAAGAAGUCAGCUUGAAAAGAGCGAGACAGCUAAUCAAGAAUUAGAGAAGACAAAGAAAGAAUUGACCGACAAGUUAGCGGCAAUAAAUCAUUCCCUUAAUACACAUGAUCAAACUGUAGCCGAGAUUAAAAACAAAAUGGAGGCUGCUGAAAAAGAAAAGAAUUCAGUUGUUUCAAAGUUUGAAUCCAAAGAUAAAGAAAUAGAGACAAUGAAGGCUGAAGUCAGCAAAUAUAAACUUGAUAAAGAACAGGCGGAGCAAAUCAACAAUGAACUUCGUGCUAAAAUGAUGGACAAAGAUCUCGACCUGGAAUCAGCACAGGCCGAAUGUGAAAGACUUCGCGUCAGGCUGGACAAAGAAACAAAAGAUCUAGAAAAGAAACAAAAAGAUUUAGAAAACGAAAAAAGUUCGUUGGAUGCUGAGUUGGGACGUAAGAAAGUCGAGAUAGAAAAUCUGAAAACCGAUCUACAGGAAGCGAAAGCGACGAUACAAUGUCUGCAACAGAAUCUUGAGACGAAGGAGAAAGAAUUUAGCAAGUGUACUACGAGCGUAGAGGAACAGAAACGAACAAAUGAUAGUCUGAUUUCAGAGAAAAACAAUCUGUUGGAGAAACUGAAAAAAUUGCAAGAGGAAUUCACCGAUAAAGACAACGAGCUGAAAGAACUUGUGAAAAAACUUUCAACCAAUGAGAGUGAGUUACAGAAAUAUAAAAAUCUAUCAGAAGACAAAGACUUACAACUUCAGAACAAGUGCGGAAUCAUUGAAUCACGUGAGCUAGACAUUAAAAAUUUGAAAGAGACACUUCGUGAUUAUGAGAUUCGUAUAGAAGAGACGAAACGACAAUCGGACGGCGAAGCAAAACACACGAAGGACGAAAAUAACAAAUUGCAAUCAGAAAUAUCAAAUCUAAAUAAACAAAUACAAACAUUGAACUCGGAAGCAAAAGAUAAAAAAGAGACGCUAACUCAGCUAAAUGGUGAAAUCGAGCAUCUUAAAUCGUCGCUCAGUGGGAAAGAGAAAGAUUUUGACGCACAGUGUAAAUUAACAGAAUCUGUAAAGCAUCAACUUCAAACGCUCUCCCAUGAUUCUGAGGUCAAAGCCAAAUCUUUUAGCGACGAAAAGGAGCGAUUGACGAAACAUUACGAGGAUGCUCUCUUUGAAAAAUCUACAGACAUUGAAAAUAAAGCAUCAGAAUUAACAACUCUGAAAUCAGAGCUGGACAAAGUCCGCCAUUGUUUUUCUGAUGCAAGCUCUCAUAAUGACAAGUUAAAGCAGGAGUUUUGUAGUCUACAGGAAGAAAAGCAGACGUUAGAGAAGCAGUUGGCCAAUAUCGUCCAGAAACAUGAAGAUUUACAGCAACAGGCGUCCAAUUCUAACGACGAACGACAAACAAAAGCGGAGAAUAUGAAACAGAAAGUUAACGCAUUAGAGCAAAAAAUGGAAGGCAAGUCAACUUAA